AUGACCCGCUCUUCCUCGGCCCACGCUGCCCUCGCCCUCCUGGCUCUGUUGCGCUGCGCCGGCCUCGGGGCGCCCGCUGGCCGGGGCAGGGAGGUGUGGAGGUGGCCGGCCCCGGGUUCGGGAUCCGUCAACGAGACUGAGCUGUUUCUCCAUGCCACCUUCCCACCGGGAUUCCUGUGGGGCACCGGGAGCUCCGCCUUCCAGACCGAGGGUGCCUGGGACCAGGAGGGGAAAGGCCCCUCCAUCUGGGACAACUUCACCCGGUCCCGCGCCGGCUCCGCGGGGCCCACCGCUGACACCGCCAGCGCCAGCUACCAGCGCUGGAAGGAGGAUGUGGCCGCACUCAAGCUCCUGGGGGUGCACUACUACUCUUUCUCGCUCUCCUGGCCUCGACUGUUCCCCGACGGGGACGCCCCGGGGACCCCGAACCCAGCCGGGGUGGCCCACUACAGCCGGCUCAUCGAUCACCUGCGGCGGGAGGGAAUCGAACCUGUGGUCACCCUCUACCACUGGGACCUCCCCCUCGCCCUGCAGGAGCAGUACGGCGGCUGGCUGAACGACACCCUGGUAGACGUGUUCGACCGUUACGCCGCGUUCUGCUUCCGCACCUACGGGGAGCGGGUGCGCUACUGGGUCACCAUACACAACCCGUACCUGGUGGCCUGGCACGGCUACAGGACCGGCCUGCACGCUCCAGGAGAGACAGAGAGCCCCGCAGCCGCCUUCGCCGUGGCCCACAAUUUAAUCAAGGCCCACGCCAAAGCGUGGCACACGUAUGACCGCUGGUUCCGUGCCCGUCAGAGGGGUCGCGUGUCCAUCGCCCUGGGCACUCACUGGAUGGAGCCCCUUCGGGGCCAAGCAUCGCAGGCCAACGUGGACCGGUGCCAGGAGUCCCUGGAGGCUGUGCUGGGCUGGUUCGCGGAGCCCAUCCACGGGACAGGGACGUACCCCGCAAGCCUGAGGCAGAGCCGCUCCGGACUCCUCCCAGAGCUCACCGACGCAGAGAAGCAGCAGAUCAGGGGCACGGCGGACUUCUUCGCCCUGUCGUUCGGACCCAACAACCUACGUCUCGGCAGGAUCCUCUCCCGCUUCGGCCAGCAGGUCUCGCUGGACCUGCGACGGUUGCUGAACUGGAUCAGGCUGGAGUACGACGACCCGGCCGUCUUCGUCGCCGAGAACGGCUGGUUUUCCGACGCGGCCGUGGGCACGGAGGACACGGUGGCCAUUUACUUAAUGAAGAAGUUCAUCAACCAGGUCCUGCAAGCCAUCAUCCACGACGGCGUCCGGGUCAUCGGCUACACCGCGUGGUCCCUGGUUGACGGCUUCGAGUGGAACUAUGGCUACGGCGUCAGGAGGGGCCUUUUCUACGUGGACUUCGGCGAGCCGAGCAGAAGCAGGCUGCCCAAGACGUCUGCGUUCUUCUACAAGCAGGUCAUCUCGAACCACGGCUUUCCUGACGGCGACAAGAGCCUGGAGGUCCGGGGCCAGUUCCCCUGCGGCUUCCACUGGGGGGUGUCCGACUCCACCCUGCAGGUGCAUUUCAGCCCCUUCUCUCCACAAUUCACAGACCCCAAGCUGUACAGAUGGAACCUGACAGGGGACGGGGCCCUCAGGCCGGUGCCGGGGGUGCAGCUGGAGACCCGCGCUGCCCAGUGCACCGAUUUCCUGGCCAUCCAGAAACACGUCCGUCUGCUGGAGGCUGCAGGCGUCGACCACUACCGCUUUGCCCUCAACUGGACCCUCAUCCUACCGCGGGGUGACCUCUCGGUCAUCAACACGGAGGCCUUGCGCUACUACCGCUGCAUGGCCCAGGAGCUCCAGAAAAGGAGUAUUAAGAGCAUGGUGACGCUCUACUAUCCUACCCAUCAUGCCCCGCUGCUGGGCUUGCCCGCGUCCGUCCACAGCGGGGGCGGGUGGCUCAACCGCAGCACCGUGGAGGCGUUCCGCGAGUAUGCGGAGCUGUGCUUCAGAGAGCUCGGCCCUUGGGUGCCCUUUUGGAUCACGGUCAAUGAACCCAACCGCCUCAGUCAGGCCUACGACGGCAGCGACCCUUAUCUGGCUGCCCACCAUCUCAUCCUGGCCCACGUGGCCGCCUGGCGCCUAUACGACAGGGAGUUCCGCCGCCAGCAGGGGGCGCUGGUUUCCUUCUCCCUGCACGCAGACUGGGCCGAGGCAGCCAACCCCUUCGUGGAGAGCCACCGCGUGGCGGCCGAGCGCUUCCUGCUCUUCGAGCUCGCCUGCUUCCUGGAUCCCCUGCUGGGGGCGUGGCGAGCGGCGGCUGAGGAAGGAGGCGACUACCCCGAGGAGGUGCGGGAGCACCUGCAGGAGAGGAGGCGCCAGGGCCUCUCCCGUCGCUCCCUCCCGCGCUUCACCAAGGACGAGAAACGGGAGGCUCGUGGCGCGCUGGACUUCGUCGCUGUCAAUCACUUCACCACACGCCUGGUGUCGCAGCGCCGCUCCAACAGCACCCCCCAGCGGGGCCCAGACCACGACUGCCAGCUGCUCUCGGACCCCACGUGGCCCUCCUCCCCCUUGGGCCAGUCCCUGGUGCCCUGGGGCCUCCGCCGGGUGCUCCGUUGGCUGAGGAAGCGAUACGGGGACCCUGCGGUCAUCGUCACGGCCACCGGAGUGGACGACCGCGCCCUCAGAGACGACCGGCUCAGGCAGUUCUACCUCAGGAGCUACCUGCAGGAGGCGCUAAAGGCACAUCAGAUGGAUGGCGUCAAUAUCAAGGGCUUCUACCUGUGGAACCUUCAGGACCGACACCAUGCGCAGUUCGGCCUCUUCACAUCCUCCCAGUUCCAGUCCGGCGCCAAGGCCUCCGUUGCCUCGUACCGGGAAAUAAUAGCCAACAGGGGCUUCCCGGCGGAAGGGCGGGGGAGGCAGUGUCAGGCGGCCGAUGCCCAGGAGGGGUGUGUGCUGUGUGGGAAGGUGCUGGAAAACCGAGCCCUCGUCUUCUUCGGAACCUGCCUCCUCCUCACCUUCACCAUGCUCACAGCGGUAGCCGUCACAGCCGUGAAGAGGAAGAGGAAGAGGACGCAACCUCGCACUGCGCCUAACAGACGUGCCAGGCACAGGUGGGACAGAGUGCCCUUGCACCACCUGCUUCACCGUUUUCAUGACAACUGUUUGUAGCUGCAAAAAAUGGAAGGGUUUUCCACUUUCAUUAUAGCGGAUAUUACAUGGACAGUGAUCAAUAGAACACAAGUUCUUGUCUUACCACCUUUUAUAAGAGAACAGCAAGUAACAUGCGAAUGAUUAAAUUGAAAAUGUAACAGCAGAAGCAUGACAAGAUAUACGUUUAAUAGUUUUUAAAAAGCAGUGUAAAUAAAAGGCCCACAACUGAAAUCCAGUUGUACAAAGUCUUUCUCCCUCAUAAUAUGGACUGCAAGCAGAAACACGGUUAGCAAACUCUCAGUAACGCACGACUGUCCCGACGUCAUGGGGUUUGCCUUCCCAAACGAGAUAAUAUUGGGGCUCGCUCACCUAUCAAUGUGACCACUUUGUGCUUUUUAAAUGGGAGUGUUUUAGUUCGAUAAAUGACAUUAAAAUGGACCAUUUACAGCUGCUGCUUCAUUUUAAGCAAUCAGAACUGUAUAUACCUAUGUGAAGUGUUUGUGAUGUGAAAUGGUUUUAAUAAAAU